ACACCCACUUGGCUCAACAUCCCCUCCCUUCUUAACACCUCACCUCGCUCUCUUUUCCCCUUCGUCUCAAACUCCUCCCACCACAAGGAAGAAGAGCUGACGCGACGCUCUCUAGCUAGGCUCUAGCGUCAGCCAUGAGCAAGGACUGCGGCAACCACGGCGACGACGACCUCCGCCGGUCGUGCCGCCGCCUCGCCGCCUUGCUCCUCGGCCUCGCCCUCAUCGUCGCCAUCAUCGCGCUCAUCGUCUACCUCGUCCUCCGCCCGACGCACCCGCGCUUCUUCCUCCAGGACGCCUCCAUCCGCCAGCUCGACCUCUCCAACUCCUCCAACGUCCUCUCCACCUCGCUCCAGGUCACCAUCGCCUCCCGCAACACCAACGACCGCGUCGGCGUCUACUACGACCGCCUCGACGUCUACGCCUCCUACAAGUACCAGCAGAUCACCGUCGCCGCCUCGCUCCCGCCGGUCUACCAGGGCCACGGCGACGUCGACGUCUGGUCCCCCGUCCUCGCGGGCCCCGACGUGCCCUUCGCGCCCUACCUCGCCGACGCGCUCUCCCAGGACUGCCAGGCGGGCUACCUCAUCCUCCAGGUCAAGAUCGACGGCCGCGUCCGCUGGAAGGUCGGCAGCUGGAUCUCAGGCCACUACCACCUCUUCGUCACCUGCCCUGCCUUCCUCGUCACCAACGGCGGCAACGGCGCGCCGGGGGCCGGCGGGUUCAGGUUCCAGACAACCACGUACUGUCACGUCGAGGUCUAGGCCGCCGGCUCCGGCGCCGGCGAGGUACUUCUCUUCUCCUACUGGGAUGCCCUGCCUGCGCGUGUCCAUAGCGAAAAACAGAGGCAGGCAGAGAUCUUGAUGCUCAGCUCAGUUCAGGUGGUAAUAAUCAAAUCAAUCAAUAGUGAGUGAUUAUGCUGCAGUUAUGUGGGUUAUAAAUAUAAAUGUAAAAGGAGGGUAAUUUUCCUUUUCCUUAAUUACCUUAGGAUCAAUACUACCAUGGUAAUAUUAAUAUGUGCGGCCUUCAUUACCUGGUUGUUACUUGCUGUUAAAGCAAUCUUAAUUGUUAAUAAACCUUUUUGGGGCACAAUUAUUUACAGGGGCAGAUGUUCUCUUUU